AUGGGGCUGUGCAACUAUUGGAUGAAUAUUUUCUUAUUGCCUCGGAGUAUAAUAAAAGAAGUUGACAAACUUUGUAUGUCGUUUCUUUGGGGCAACAAUGGUUCCAGGAGUAACUUUCAUCUCACUUCCUGGUCUAAAGUUUGUUUGCCUAAAUCAUUUGGAGGAUUGGGUUUUAGUGAAGGAACUAAAUGGAGCAAGGCCAUGCUUGGGAAAUAUCUCUGGGCAAUUAGCCAUCAACAGGAGGCUUUAUGGGUGAAAUGGAUUCAUUCCGUGUACUUAAAAGGGCAAAAUUUCUGGCUCUACCAACUUAAGGCUGAUACAAGUUGGUACUGGAAAAAAAAUUUCCAAUUGCGAAGCUUGUUUACUCAGGAGGAUAUUGAUAAAGCUAGUAGUCAAGGGAAGUUUAAAAUUGGGUUAUUGUAUGCUAGUCUUAUUCAACAAGCUCUUGUCAAAUACCAUCAAUUUGUAUGGAGCCAAAUGAGUGUUCCCAAGCAUAAAUUCAUCACUUGGCAAGCUGUAAACUCUAAGCUCUUAACUAGAGAUCAUCUUCUUCGAGUUUUUCUGAUUCUUGAAUCGACUCUUUGCCCGGUUUGUGAGCUGGUUGAUGAGAGCCAUAACCACUUGUUUUUUGACUGUAUAUUUUCCGAGCAGGUGGUUCAGCUUGUUCAGGAUUGGGUUAGAUGUAAUUGGCCUCUUUGUUUCUCUGCCUGGACUGGUUGGAUUGAAGACAUGAGGAAAGGAGUUCGUGCCUCGUUAGUGGAGGCUGUAUUCUCAGCCACAGUUUAUUAUCUUUGGCAUAAUAGGAACAUUUGUUUUAUUCAUCAUUAUUCUCUUAGUGUCAAAUUUGUGAUUGAUAUGAUCAAGAAAGACAUUAUGUAUAGACUUAGUUGUUUUUCUCAUAAGAAUCUGAGAGGCUUUGAGCUUAGGUUUUGA